AUGAUAAAGCAAAGGCAAAGUGAAACAGUAAAUAGACCGAUUCCAUCUUGUUUUUUCUUUCCCUCUCUCUUCCUUUCUCCCUCUCUUCUUUUCCCCCUCUCUUCAUAUCCCCCCCUCUUCCUUUCCCCUCUCUUCAUUUCCCUCUCUCUUCCUUUUCCUCCCUCUUCAUUUCUCCCUCUCUUCAUAUGCCCCUCUCUUCAUAUCCCCCUCUCUUCAUUUCCCUCUUUUCAUUUCCCACUCUUUUCAUUUCACUCUCUCUUCCUUUCCCCGCUCUUCAUUUCCCCCUCUCCUCAUAUCCCCCUCUCUUCAUUUCCCUCCCUUUUCAUUUCCCUCUCUUUUCAUUUCCCUCUUUCUUCCUUUCCCUUACUCUUCAUUUCUCCCUCUCUUCAUAUCCCCCCUCACUUCAUUUCUCUCCCUUUUCAUGUCCCUCUCUCUUCCUUUCCCUCUCUCUUCAUACCCCCUCUAUUCAUUUCCCUCUCUCUUCAUUUCCCUCCCAUUUCAUUUCCCUCUCUCUUCAUUUUCCCUCUCUCUUCCUUUCCCUCUCUUAUUUCCUUUUUCUUCCUUUCUCUCUUUCUAUCUUUCUUGCUUUCCCUCUUUUCCUUUUUCUUCCUUUGUCUCUUUCCCUUUUUCUUCCUUUCUCUCUUUCUUUUUUCUCGCUUUCUCUCUUCCCACUCUUUUGCUAGCUCUCUUUUCCUCUCUGUCUGUCUCUCUCUCUUUUCCUCUCCCUCUCAGCUGCAACUACUGAAAACGAAAGACAAAGAACAAAAAAAGGAGAAUACAGCAAUAGUAGCAUCGGCCUGA